AUGUCGCCCAGUACCCACCUCGCACGCGACGCUUCCCCAGGCACACGCCACGACAGAGGCAGAGGGAGAGGCAGAGCCAUCGCCGCGCCUGUGGAAGCGCUGGAUAUUGAGCAAGUCACAAUCAGCUCAACCUCUCAUCGCCAGCGCCAUGCCUCGUCGUCGCCCGAGGCCGGCCACUCCAAGUCAGAUCCGCCGCGGAUAAACUUCAAUGCCAACAUUGAAGCCAAAAUCAAAAACCCCCUCGUUGGCGUCCCUCGCGACACCCUCCUCAACGACGUCGACGAAUUUUGCCGCAGCAAGGGCCUCAAUGCCCACCGUACCCUCCUGCGCAAGGGCGCCCUCGUGGCCCAGGACCCGACCGGCUACGAGGACAUCACCGGCGACGAGGCCCUGACCCCCGACGAAGUCGAUGCGCUCCGCAACGAGGUCCUGCAUAAGUGGCGCGUGCCCCGCGUCCUGCUCCUCACCAUCGUCACCUGCUCCAUCGGCGCCGCCGUCCAGGGUUGGGACCAGACGGGUUCCAACGGCGCCAACCUUCAUCUGCCCCGCGCCCUCGGCAUCGGCGGCGACUCGACCGCCGACCAGCUGCGCGUCGGCCUCGUCAACUCGGCGCCCUACAUCGGCACCGCCCUGCUCGGCUGCUGGCUCUCGGACCCCAUGAACGACUAUUUCGGCCGCCGCGGCACCAUCUUCUUUGCCGCCAACUUUUGCCUCUGGCCGGUGCUGGCGAGCGCCUUCUGCCGCACCUGGCAGCAGCUCGUCGUCUGCCGCCUGCUGCUCGGCAUCGGCAUGGGCACCAAGGCCUCCACCGUGCCCAUCUAUGCGGCAGAAAACGCGCCCGCGCCUAUCCGUGGCGCCCUCGUCAUGAGCUGGCAGCUCUGGACCGCCUUUGGCAUCUUCCUCGGCACCUGCGCCAACCUCGUCGGUGAGAGAAUCGGCAGCGACGCCUGGCGCUACCAGCUCGGCGCCGCCUUCAUCCCCGCCGUGCCCCUUGCCCUCCUGAUCUACUGCUGCCCCGAGUCGCCGCGCUGGUACAUCAAGAAGAACCGCUACGCCGACGCCAUGGAUUCGCUGCUGCGGCUGCGUAACGACCCCCUCCAGGCGGCGCGCGACCUCUACUACAUCCACGUUCAGCUGCAGGCCGAGCGCGAGUUUGUCGGCAACACCCACUACGUGAAGCGCUUCAUCGAGCUCUUUACUAUUCCCCGCGUGCGGCGGGCGACGCUGGCGGCCUUUACCGUCAUGCUGGCGCAGCAAAUGUGCGGCAUCAACAUCAUUGCCUUUUACUCCUCCUCCGUCUUCCAGCACGCCGGCGCGUCCAACUUUCAGGCCCUGCUCGCGACCUGGGGCUUUGGCCUCAUCAACUUCCUCUUCGCCUUUCCCGCGAUUUGGACGAUUGACACCUUUGGCAGGCGCUCGCUGCUGCUCUUUACCUUUCCGCAGAUGUCGUGGACGCUGCUCGCUGCGGGGCUCUGCAACCUCAUCCCCGGCCAAAAGGGCGCGCACCUGGGCCUCGUCGCGCUCUUUGUCUACCUCUUUGCCGCCUUUUACUCACCCGGAGAAGGCCCAGUUCCUUAUACAUAUGCAGCAGAGAUUUUUGCGCUAUCGCAUCGCGAGGUCGGCAUGGCGUUUUCCGUGGCGACGUGCCUGUUCUGGGCCGCCGUGCUGUCCAUGACGCUGCCCGUGAUGCUGGGGACGAUGGGCGUCAUGGGCGUGUUUGGCUUCUACGCGGGGCUCAACAUUGUAGCGCUCGUCAUGAUUUUCCUCUGGGUGCCCGAGACGAAGCAGCGCACGCUCGAGGAGCUCGACUACAUCUUUGCGGUGCCGACGCGGGUGUUUAUGCAUUACCAGGUCACCAAGACGCUGCCCUGGUGGUACCGCCGCUACCUGCGCCGCGACAAGAAUGCGUUCUUGGAGCCGCUGUACCAGCUCGAUCUCGAGGACCACCAGGAUGCGGACGGCGCGGACCAUCCGUUUGAGAAUGAUAAAGCAAAGGUAGAGCUAAAGGAGAUGGUGGGCUUUACCACGGGCAUUGAUCCGCGGAAUGGAGAGGAGUCGUCUCUAUCGUCGGAUAUUAUUCAUUGA